AUGGCCAUCCCGACGCGACGCGUCUCCACUGGGUCAGGCACGACGCACGUCCGCGAACCCCAAGACGGCCAAGACAUUUUCCAGGAUCAAGGGGCAGAUCUUCCCAGAUUCGUGGGAGAGGAGGCAAGGACCAUCACCUUGGCCCCGGUCUCUCAUCUGAGCCAGACGCGUCGUCUCCGAGCUCUAGUGAGGCGCUCCUUGGGGGACGUGUAA